AUGUGUCAGCUGAACCACAAAAGUGUGAAGAUAAACUUGAACCUGGCAAAUGGUGAAGAUAGUAGUCGUGAGCAUGCUGCACUUGAACCAAGAUAUUUAGAAGGGCGAGCAGUUAUUCUUAAAAGUUUUGCUCGUAUUCAUGAUAAAUUAACACCAGGAGAACCUGUCAUCAAACAUGCUGAUGUUAAAACGGAGACAAUAAAAUUAAAUCAUACAUUUAGUGAAGCAUAA